AUGGCCGAGCCUUCUCCUGACUAUACGACAUGGAGUAACACGAGUCUCAUCGGGCGAAUCGCAGAGCUCGAACGCCAGUUACACUCUCAGAAUAACCAGCUACCUGCCAGCUCUAGUUCUGUUUCCACGCCAGCAGUCCUCGAGACGAGUGACACGCCUAUAGUGCCACAACUUCCUCCCCAGACGCUCCAGCCUGGCGAUUCCACAACUUUCCAAAAGUCGAAUCAAUCGUCGAAAAAACAGAGAGAUAUCGAUCCUUCCAAAUACCACACCCGUCAUAUCGCGCUCAAAUUUGCAUAUUUGGGUCAACGGUACAACGGUUACGAGCAUACGAAUAAUAAUAAAACCCCUUUACCUACGAUCGAGGAGGAGUUAUGGAAAGCGCUUCGGUUAGCACGUUUGAUUUUCCCUGCGUCGUCAUCGGGGCUUGGAGAGGAUUACGCUGUCGACAAAUUGUCUCGAGCGCAUACUCUUGACUGGGAAGGUUGCCAAUACUCCAAGUGUGGACGAACCGAUAGAGGUGUCAGUGCCUUUGGACAGGUCAUUGGUAUCAGGGUUCGAAGCGCGCGGCCAAAGAAGCAAGCAAAAACUACAAGCAACGUGGAGGACAUUGCUACCGAUAUAGAGAACUUGACGAUUGGUGAAGUCGAACCAUCUCAGAGCGCCACAGAUCAGGAACCCAACGUGUUUGAGGAUGUGGACGACGACUGGGACGAUAUUCGCGAUGAAUUGCCCUACAUUCAGAUUCUAAAUAACAUGCUACCAAGCGAUAUUCGCAUACUGGCGUGGUGCCCUCACCCGCCUCCAGAUUUUGACGCUCGCUUUUCAUGCCGCGAGCGACAGUACAAAUACUUUUUCACGCAGCCGGCUUAUUCCCCUACGCCAGGAAAACUCGGUUUCCUCCGUAGCGCCGCCCAUCACCGAGGAAUAUCUGAAAAGAAGAUCAGAGAGGGCUGGCUGGAUAUUGAAGCUAUGCGCGAAGGCUGCAAACACUUCAUGGGAAAGCACGAUUUCAGGAAUUUCUGCAAAGUGGACACCAGCAAACAAAUCAACAAUUUCGAGCGUAUGAUAUAUCAGGCGAGCAUCGAGUUGGCUGAUCCAAAAACGGACUCUGUCGGCUAUCUCGGUACACCUGAGUUUCGACCUUCGGACAAUACGCCAGAUGUUGAGCAUAAAAGGGCUGUAAAUGAAGACUGGCCAUCAAAACCUUUGGUAUAUACAUUCACCCUCAGUGGGUCGGCGUUUUUAUGGCAUCAAGUUCGUCACAUGGUCGAAAUUUUGUUCCUCAUCGGCCAAGGCGUCGAGUCUCCAUCGAUUAUCCCGGAAUUGCUUGAUGUGUCAAAGAACCCAUGCAAACCAACAUACGAGAUGGCAUCGGACGCACCACUUGUCUUAUGGGACUGUUCCUUCCCAGACAUAAAAAGCGGUAGCAGGGCCGAUGCACUAGAAUGGGUCUAUUGUGGCGACCCUAGACAGACAGAUCCGGCGUCUGGUAAAGGCGACGGUAAAUUCGGUCCCCUUGGGCUGAUUGACAGCCUCUGGACAACAUGGAGAAAGCACAAGAUGGACGAAAUCCUCGCGUUGGCACUGCUCGACCUGACAGUGAACCAGGGUGACCCUAGUUUCAUCCAGAACGAAGCCCCGAAAAAGCCCUUUAGGAGCCAGAAACUUUUCCACGGAGGCAACGAAGGGAAACUUGGUGGUGUCUAUGUGCCUGUCAUGCAAAAGAAAACGACGGCUACCGUGGAAGUGCAAAACGCUAGGUACCUUGCGACCCUGGAGCGUAAGGCUUUGAGGUUACAAGAAGAAGGCCUCGCCGAUGUAUGA